ACCUAGAAAACCUCUCUUCUCAUCCUCAUCCUAAACUUCCAGUACAGUCCCUCCUCCUCCUCCUCCUCCUCCACCACCGCCACCACCACCAUGUCUUCAAAAGACUGCGGCCAGCACUGCCACAACAAGUGGCGAAAGAGAAUCCGCCGCUGCUGCGCGGGGCUCCUUAUCUUCAACUUCAUCCUCCUCGUCACCAUCCUCAUCAUCUGGGCUAUCCUUCAGCCUUCCAAACCCCGCUUCAUCCUCCAGGACGUCACCGUCUACAACUUCAACAACACCGUCCCCAACGUCUUCUCUUCCAGCUUCCAGGUCACCAUCUCCUCCCGCAACCCCAACGAUAAGCUCGGAAUCUACUACGACAAGCUCGACGUCUACGCCAACUACCGCUCCCAGCAGAUCACCUUCUCAACCCUAAUCCCACCCACCUAUCAAGGCCACAAGGACGUCAACAUAUGGUCGCCCUUCGUCUACGGCACCAACGUUCCCAUUGCUCCCUACAACUCCCUUGCUCUAGGGCAGGACCAGGCCUCCGGCACUGUCCUUUUGUUGAUUAAAAUUGACGGGCGGGUAAGAUGGAAGGUUGGAACAUUCAUCACCAGAAAGUACCAUCUCUAUGUGAGAUGUCCGGCUUUCAUAACUCUGGGAGCCAAGACUACUGGAAUUGUGGUCGGAGAAAACGCUAUCAAGUACCAGCUGGUCCAGCGAUGCAAGGUUAGCGUAUGACAAAGGAAAUGAAAGGGCGAGCAAUCCAUAUGAAUCGGACGGCGACAAAUGGCCGUGGAAUUAUUAUUGCUCGAACGCCGUUAGUUCCUUCUCUAUAAUUAAUUUUCCAGCACUUUUAAUUUUCCUGUUGAUUAAUUUAGCUCGAUCGAACUGUGUGUGUAUUCGGAUUUACAUAUACGUGGGGUCUUUUGAAUUUGUACAUUUUGCUAUAGAAUAAAAUGGAGACUAUGAUGAAAGAUACA